AAUGGUAAUAAUAACCAUGCACCAUUCAUAAGAAUCAUAAGCAUUUAUAUGCACCCUAUUCUACUAUUGAGAAAUAUAUGUAGAAGUAGAAUUAUUAAGUCCUCACUAGCUUUCCUAUUUAAAGAGAAAGUGUCUAUAUACAUGUUGGCAUGUUAUUUGGAAUAAGCUUCUAUAUCAAGGAUGAGGAAAAAAGAUAUUUGCUGAAGAGGGAAAUACAAUGCACAGAUAGGAUUGACCAUGGCUUUGUUUUCAAAUUAUAUUUUGGAAAUGACAGUGUAGAUGCAAAUUAUCAAUUUACCAGAACUGGGAUUUCUACUCAUUAUUCUAACAAAGACAUUUUAAUCAUUUUGUAGGCAAAAGAUGUUAUGGACCAAUAGACAUGACAUUCUACUCUGCCGAGAAAUCCUGGCUUAAGAACCAUACAAGUUCAAGCAUGGAUCCAGGGAAAAAGGACAUUGCUGGAACACCAUGGCUGAUAAUUUAAACAGCAUGGGGGGAGAAAAAUUUAUUGUUGACCAAAGAUCAGUCGAGAUCGAUUUUCAAAGCUGGAAAAGCAUCAUAAGAGAAAAAUGGCAGAAGAGGAAAAAGCAUCUGGUAUUAGUCCUGAAUUUACAGAACUUGACGAAGCAUUGGAAGACAUUGUAGAAAGAACACAGGAAGUGCAAGAAGAGUUUGCAGCAGAGAAUGACAAGACAGAAAAGAUAGCUGAAAAGGAAAGAGAAACAGCAGAGGAUGUAAGAAAAAGAUCUAUGGAAAGACUGGGAGAAACCAAGGCAAGAGAAAAUGCAAAGAAAACAAAAAAAUCAAGAAACAGCUCUUUGGAAUAUUUUAAAGAAAAACAUGAUAAAGAGCUUGAUUUAAAGAGGGAAGAGAUGGCAAUGAAAGAAAAGGAAGCAGAAAGGGCAUGGGAAAUUAAAGAACAAGAAAUAAAAAGUAAAGAGAUGGAAGCAAAGAAAAGAGAUGAGGAGUUACGUGCCAGAAAAGAAAGUAAUAUGAUUGCUACAUUACAACAACAGCUACAACAGCAACAAGGCAUGUUUAUGCAAAUGCAGCAGCAAAAUAAACUGUUAUUGCAAUUGUUAAAUAACAAUACAAAGAACGAAGAUUGACAUUGAAAUUAUUUACAAUGUACACUACAGUAUAUAAUUAUUUUCAAUAAUUUAAUUAUUUAUUUACACCUUAUUGUUGAACAAAACCGUAUAUUGAAGAUUAAUUUACAUGUUACAUUAAAAAUUGUUUGGCCAAAACAUUUUGCAGUUAUUUGUAUAUUUAAUAAUUAAAGUACCUACCGUAAUCUCUCUAUUAAGCCUCCUGAGGGCUUAGUCUUUUCAGG